AUGCUGCCCUGGAGAAGGAAUAAGUUUGUUCUGGUGGAGGAUGAGGCCAAGAGUAAGCCAAAGAGCCUGGGGACUGGUCUGACCUACCACUCCAUCCUCUCCUCUCUUCUGCGCUCCUGUCCGGACCUGCUGCCGGACUGCCCCUUUGACUGGGUGGGUAACAUCUUUCAUACCAAACGGCAAAAGGUGGAACUGAACAAAGAGGAGCCUGUUUACAAUGUGCGCUACCUGGGGAGUGUAGUCACUAUCACGGCGAAGGGGGACGGAUGCACCCAGGAGGCUGUGGCCAAGAUCUGGGCGAGGAGCAACUACGGGGAGCAGAGUGUCAAGAUGAGGUUAACAGUAGGACCGCAAGGCAUCCGCAUGAGUGCUGACAAAUCUGGGAAAAAGAAGCCCAUCCAUCUUUACUCUCUGAACAGAAUCACCCAUUGCGGCGCUGACCCGUCACGGCCCAAGAUCCUGGCUUGGAUCUACAGGCACCAGGUUAAGAACAUGGCCGUGGUGCUCCGGUGUCACGCCGUCCUGGUCAGCAAGUCGGAGAAGGCCCAGGCCAUUGCAAACAGGCUCUACCAGAACGCCACCUCCGCCUUCAGCGAGUUCAAGAGGCUGAAGCGUCAGAGCGAUUUCCGGCACUGCCAGCAGCAGCUGCUGGGUGAGGAGGCUGUUCCCCUGAUGCCGCUGAGGAGGCUGCUGAAUGGGCAGUGUCACUACAGACCGCCUGCUGACAACCCCGGGAGCGCCAUCCGCCUCUGCUCCAUCACGGAGGAAGAAGAAGAUGAGGAGGACGAUAAGGACUGUGAAGAUGAGGAGCAGGAGAUGGAGGAACCAGCGGAGGUUGUAGAGGAGCACCAGAGGAAACAGUUUUUCACAACAAACACAGACCCGACUCAGUUAUUAUCAGAGUUGGACCUUGGGGAUAUCGCCAGACUGGAGCAGUGCCAAAUCAACUUUGUCAGUGACAGCAACAACAACACAUUUACAUUUGUAACCUCUCUAGUGUGA